CCCCUGUCCAUUUGCUUCUGUGUUUUUUAUCUCAGCUGAAGACUUGGAAUAAACAGCAUGGAGUGUAAGCAGCGGCUGAAAUGGUUAAUGCUUGCAAUGAUUUGCCCUCUUAUUGCAGGUGCUCCAUCCUCCAUGUCCAAAAGCGACAAUUCAUGUCCUAAAGAGAAUCUAAACAUUACUGGAGGGAGCUUCGUCCUUUCUAAUGGCUAUUCACAUGGGAGCCUUCUAAAAUACAUCUGUCCGUAUAAAUAUUACCCAACGGUUCAGUCACGUCUUUGUCAGGGUGAACAAUGGAACCCAAAGCCCAAAAUCAGAAAACCUGCAGAGUGCAAAAAGAUCACAUGUCCCAAUCCUCGUGUUUUCAUAAACGGAGAGGUGAUUCCAUUUAAGGACAAGUACUAUGUAAAUGACACAACCACCUACUCAUGUCAUUCCGAUUAUAUGUUCCGUGGCUCAGCGGUCCGUGUUUGCAAGCCUAAUGGGAAGUGGAGUGGAAGCACACCAAUUUGUGGACGUGACUCUGAUCACUGUCCUGAUCCUGGUGUUCCCCCUGGUAGCGGUCGAGAAGGAAACAUAUUUAACAUAGACGACAAAGUCACGUACCGCUGCGAGAGACCAUUGACCUUGAUUGGUUCCAAAGUGCGAGUGUGUCAGGAUGGUGGCCAGUGGUCAGGAACAGAGCCACAGUGUUAUGCUGAUUUCACAUACGACACCGCAGAGGAAGCAUCAGAAGCUUUCAGCAGUUCUCUAAAGUCAAAUCUAGCGGUUUCUCAGCAGUUUGAACAAGAUGAUCAGCAGGGGAAGAGAAUAUCUUUGGAUCAGGGCGGAAAACUUGAUAUUUACAUUGCUGUGGAUGCAUCUGACAGCAUAGAGCCAGAGGAUUUUGAAAAUGCAAAAACCACCAUUAAACUGCUUAUAGAGAAGAUUAGUUAUUACCCGGUCUCCCCAAACUAUGAGAUCCUGAUAUUUGCUACAGAUGUUACACCAAUAAUCCAAAUGAGGAACUUCAAACUUAAUAAAAAUGAAAGAAGCCUAGAGAGAAUUUUUGAAGACCUGGACAAAUUUACUUAUGACAGUAAAGGCGGUAAAACAGGUACCAAUAUCGCCAAAGUCUAUUCAGAGAUUUAUGAGAGCAUGCAAAUAGAGAAGGUCAACAAUGCAGCGGCCUUCAAUGAGACCCAACACAUCAUCAUAUUGUUCACUGAUGGUCAGGCAAACAUGGGGGGGAAUCCCAAACCUAAAGUGGACCAGAUUAAACAUCUUGUCACCAAAAAUGAUCCAAGCCAAGAUAAGAAACUUGAUCUUUAUUUAUUUGGAGUUGGAACUGAUGUGAAUCAAGAAGACAUAAAUGACUUAGUGUCACAGAGGGACCAAGAAAAAUUUUUCUUUAAGCUUAAAGACUUGACAACAGUGCAAGAGAUGUUUGACGACAUGAUUGAUGAGAGCACCAGUGUAGGAUUGUGUGGAAUUGUGUGGGAAGGCUUGGAAAAUAAACGGCGUGCAUUUCCCUGGUUGGCGCAGAUUAAUAUUGCUCGUCGAAAAGGUUCCAAUUGCAUGGGGUCAUUAGUUACCUCAAGUUACAUCUUGACAGCGGCUCACUGCUUCAACGAGGGAGACACACCUGAUAACAUACUAGUUAAACUGGAAAAAGACCUGGUUGUAAAAGUGAAACAAUAUGUACUUCAUCCUAAAUAUAACAUCACCGCAAAAAAGCAUAUGGGAAUACAGGAAUAUUACGAAUUUGAUGUAGCUCUUAUACAGCUAGAAAAACCUGUUAAGAUGACUACUAAUGCACGACCAAUCUGCAUCCCAUGCACUAAAGAAACCAAUGCAGCUCUGAAACUUUCAGAAAGUGAAGGGACAUGCAGGAAACAUGAGGAAAUACUAAUGAGCAACGAGCUUGUGGAAGCUGCUUUCACAUCUGAUAUGGAUACUGAUAAUAGUCCAAAAACAAUAAAACGCAUCACAAUCAAGCUUGGAAAAUAUCGGGAUGCUUGUGUUGAAGAUGCGAAAAAAGCAAAAGGAAUCAAUGUGGAAAAUGCCAGGGAAGUAGUUACAGACAAUUUUCUGUGCAGUGGUGGUACUGAACCAGAAACAGAUGAUGUUGCCUGCAAAGGUGAAUCAGGUGGAGCCACUUAUCUGAAUAAAAAAGGUCGAGUGAUUCAGGUUGGUGUCAUAAGUUGGGGAGCGAAGGACAUCUGCAAGGAAAAAAGUAGACACACUUCGGUGGCAGACUCCAGAGAUUACCAUUCAAAUCUUUUCAGUGAAAAAAUACGCUCUUUUCUUAAAGAACAUCUAGAAAAGGACACCAUAGGAAACCCUCUUACAUUCUUGUGAAUGUUUUAGCAGACUGAAACUGUGCGAAUGCUGUUUGAUAAAACACUGCUUUGUUUUCUGAUUAAUUUUUUCGAUUUUAUGCCACAAACUGGUCUUUGUUAUCCACUUUAUUAUCAACAGUCUUUCAUGUUUUACUGCAUGUUUUACAAUGUUAUGUCUAUGUUGGUGCAGGACUAUCUGUACUAUAUAUCCAACCACUGGUAGGAAGGGAAGUUUCAUUAGUUCAGUUUCUUUACAAUCGCAUUUUAUUUCCAUAUAUAUCUUGAGAAUGAUAAUAGCAAGUCGUACAGUAUGUUACUAAACCUGCUGUUGUAGAGCCAAAGCAUACCGGAUAAUAUGAAGAUUACAUCCAACAUAAAAAAUGAUGGUCUAUGACCAUCUUAAAACAGUGUGUGAAACUGUGCACAUACAUAGUCUUGAUGACAAUAAUUUUCUUGCAUUGUAAAGCUGAUUGUUACAGUGAAAUACUCUAAGGACCCCCUUGAGACAUGGAGCAGGGACCCCCUGCUACAAAAUGUGUCAAGCAGAGCUACAUAUAGCCUUUGAUAUUGAUACUAACCAUAUGUAGGCUAUAUUAAAGGGGUCAUCAGAUGCCCAUUCACCACAAGUUGAUAUGAUUCUUCAGGGUCUUAAUGAAAAGUCUAUAAUAUACUUUGGUUAAAAAUUCUCAACAGUUGUGUAAAACAACACACUAUUUACCUUGCCAAAAUCAGCUCUGCAAAAAUCAUCUCAUUCUGGUCGAGGCUGCUUUAAAUGUUAAUGAGCUCUCCUCGCCCCGUCCCUCUCUUCUCUCUGUGGAGAGACGAGUCUGUUUACUUUAGCCACAUUUAACCAUGUUUAGCUGCUAAACUUGCUAACUAGCACAUUAUUAGAAAAGGCGAUCGCAAAGAUUCAUAAAAAAACCCUUAUACUCACUUCUGCUGUAAGUGAAGCUGGAUCAUGAAUGGAUAUGGAACAUAGAUGGAUAUACGUAGGUCGGGAGGUGCAUUCCAUUCACAAACAAACGUAAUCACCUCAACACCUCAAUCACUCAAUCGGAGAUAUUCUUGUCUAAACUACAUCCCUGCUCCGGCAUUGAAACAAUAGAGGGCGGACUGUUACAACUGAUCUGAGGUAAAACGCUCAUGUCAAUCAACUAGCAUGGGAGCGGCCUCUGUGGGUGUGACGCCACACCGACAGGCAUCUGAGAACGGCUCGAUUUGAAAAAGGGGGUAUUAUUUUUACAGAUUAAUUAAAAACCACUGCAUGGAUUUUUAUCAUUAUGGGGUAGAUUUGUACAUACACUGACAACACACAUUAAUGUUCAAACAACAUGUAAAAGUUGAACUUAGCAUCCGAUGACCCCUUUAAUAGAAAUCAGAAUUAUGGACAUUAUUGUUUUUGCACAUGCAUCUCUUUUUGCUGUCAAAAUUGAGAUUUAUGCAUCAUAACAAGCAACAUGUUGAGAUAAAAAUCACAAUUCUUUAGUUGUUUGCAGUUGUUGUAAAUUAUUUUAAUAAAUUUGCUGAAUCAUA